AUGGAAACGAUCAAGUGUGUUCUUGUGGGAGAUCCCUUGGUAGGAAAGAGCUGGUUAAUAAGCACCUACAUAACGGGUAAAAACCCAGAGGGCUAUAUUCCAACACUUUUCAACAACCACAGCAAGGUUGUUAAUGUGGGAGAUAAAAAAUACAAUAUGACUCUAUGGGACACAGCAGGGAGUGAAGAGUAUAAUAAAUUAAGAAGUCUGUCGUUUCAAGAAACAGACGUUUUUCUGAUAUGUUAUGCAGUUAACAACAUUCUUUCGUUUCAUAACUCCAAGAGAUGGAUAGAGGAGCUUGCGGAGUAUAAUGUUCCUAUGAUUUUGUGUGGCACUAAGUGCGACAUAAUUGAUGGGAAUAUUGUAGAUAAGGGCCUCUCUACUAAGCUGAGUAAGGAGUACGGGCUGUAUGGCUUUAUAGAAUGCUCCUCGGUAGAGCUCAUAAAUGUAAAAAAGGUUUUCGAUGUAGCUCUUGAGGCAGCUUUAAAGCCCAAGAAGAGCAAAUUUAGAUCCAUGUGGUUUUGCUGCAAGUGUGGAUAG